CGCCUGAGAGGAUGGUGCAACAUGGGUGGCUGCUUCUGCAUCCCCGGGGAGCCAAGUUUGUCUUGGGCUCAGGUAAAGAAACUCCUUCCAAGGCUCCAACCAUAGGAAGUGAGGUUUUGUCCUCAUCAGAAGAGAAGGAAAAAUGUUUCCUGCCACAGACCAUGACUUCAGACCUUACAGUCUCCUUCAGCGUGAAGAGCCGUUCCAGGAGGUGUGUGAAUGGGCCUUUGCAGGAAGCAGCCAGGAGGCGGCUCUGGGCACUGGAGAAUGAGGACCAGGAGGUUCGAGCACUGUUUAAGGACCUCUCAGCAAGGUUGGUCAGCAUCCAGUCCCAGAAGGCUCAGUUCCAUAUCACCUUCAAGACCAUGGAAGAAAUUUGGAAGUUCUCCACCUAUCUGAACUUAGGCUUCGUGUCCACAUGUUUGGAGCAUCUUCUCUUUGACCCUAAGUACUGGCUAAACUGCAGAUUGGUGGAGGAUACAGAGAUACAAGUAUUGGUAGAUGAUAAACACUUGGAAACAAUGUACCUGGGACUCCUGACACAGGAAGGCCACUUCUUCUGCAGAGCUCGAUGCUCUGUGGUGCAGCCAGCUGAGAAGGAAGGGGAGUGCUUGCCACUUUGCAAGAAUGAGUUAAUCUCUGUGAAGAUACCUGAAGGCGGGUCUGAAUGGGAAGGAGUGUCCUUGGUGACAGGCCAGCGGGGCUCUGUGCCCAUUUCAGCUCUAGAACCCCUGAUACUCCCUUUCCAUCAGUGGUUCCUAAAGCAUUAUCCCGGAAGCUGUUGUCUUUCCAGGAAGAAAGAUUGGACAGGCUCCUCCUAUCAGAUCGGUAGAGGAAAAUGUAAGGCCUGGAAGGAAUAUGAGAGGGAAGAAAAGGAUGAAUUGAAUCUCUACCUGGGAGAAAGCAUCGAGAUUAUUGGCCUCAUUGUUCCUGGGCUUCAGUGGUUUAUUGGAAGGUCAAUGCACUCAGGACAAGUGGGUUUUGUCCCCACCAGGAACAUAGACCCUGAUUCCUACUCUCCAGUGAGUAAGAACUCAGCGUUUUUUAGUGAUGAAGAAAGAUGUUCUCUGUGGGCCCUGGGCAGUGACAGGAAAGCCAAGUCCACCAGCUUCCUCCACAUGCUGGCUCAGACGGAUAUAACAUCUGUCUACCAACUUAGUGGGUUUGAAGCCAUCCAGAAUCUUCCAAACGAUCUGAGUGCACCCCUGCCUGAGGGCACCAGGGAGGCCAGGCCUGCAGGGGCCUGGCAGGAGCACCUAGCUGUGGGCUCCAGAGGAUCCAGCAGCUCCGAGGACUCUUGCCUGGAAGGGGAGCUCCUCUCAGCUGCCUCAGACAACUAUCACCUGCCAGAGCCCGAUGACCUCAAUGCCCCGGAACUGCUUGUGGACCUCAAUACUGGUCAGGAGGAGGAGGAGGAGGUUGAGGAUUUCGCCCCGCUUUUGUCUUUUCUGGAUCACGAGGGUUAUGCUGACCACUUCAAGAGCCUCUAUGAUUUUCCCUUCUCUUUCCUCACAUCUUCCUUUUACAGCUUUUCUGAAGAGGAUGAGCUGGUGACCUACCUGGAAGCAUCCAGGAAGUGGGCCAAGCGGAGCCAUAUGACCUGGGCCCAUGCACGACUCUGCUUUAUCCUUGGCAGACUGAGCAUCAGGAAGAUCAAACUUUCUCAGGCCAGAGUGUACUUCGAGGAGGCUUUGCACAUCCUUGAUGGGGCUUUUGAGGACCUCCCCUUGGCAGCAGCUCUCUACAUCAAUGUGGCUGCUAUUUACCUGAGGCAGAGGCUGCGGCAGAAAGGCUCUGCUCUGUUGGAGAAGGCAGGCGUGCUGUUGGCCUGCCUGCCUGACCGAGAAUUUAGUUCCAAGAGUGAGCUGGAUGUGGUGGCCUAUGUGCUGCGUCAGGGCAUUGUGGUGGGCAGCAGUCCCCUGGAAGCCAGGGCCUGUUUUCUAGCCAUCCGACUGCUCCUGAACCUUGGCCAGCAUGAGGAGGUGCUGCCCUUUGCCGAGCGCCUGCAGCUCCUGUCUGGACACACCCUGGCCUCAAAUGCAGUGGCGACCAUCUUGAGCUUUCUGUAUGACAAAAAGUAUCUUCCACACCUAGCAGUGGCCUCUGUCCGGCAAUCUGGCACUCUCAGUGCCCAAGGAACAGCUCCUUCUAUAUGGCAGGCCCACCUGGUCCUCCAGAACACUGCUAAGCUCCGUGGUCUCCCCUCCCCAACUUGUGGCGAACUUUCUGCCUUGGCCUGCCCAUCUCUCAGGCAGGCUCUGGCUGCCUGUGAGGAGCAGGCAGAUCGGGUGACCCAGAGGGCCCUGUGUCUCAUUCUGUCCAAAGUGCACCUCCAGUAUAAUUCUCCUGAAGGUGCCAUCUACUAUCUGAGCCAGGCUCUGGUGCUGGGGAAGCUGCUUGGUGAGCAAGAAGCUUUUGAAUCUUCCCUCUGCCUGGCCUGGGCCUAUCUCUUAGCCAGUCAGGCCAAGAAGGCUGUAGACAUCCUGGAGCCACUGUUGUACUCCUUGAAGGAGACUGAGAGUAUUGCCCAAAAAGGAGUGGUCCAUAACCUCCUGGGACUUGCACAUCAGAGGGAAGGCCGGUUGAAUAGGGCUGCCAAGAAUUACUUACGUGCCCUGAACAGAGCUCAAGAGAUGGGAGACGUUCGCAACCAGGCUGUGACUCUGGCUAACCUCGGACACCUGACUCUCAAGUCCCAGACUCAGCAGCCGGCCCAGUGCUAUCUCCUGCAGGCCGUUGGCCUUUACUCAGAACUGCAGGCCAAUAUGGAGACAGACCUGGAACUGGUACAGGUGCUGCUUUGGUUGGCCCAGGCACUGGUGUUUGGACACCAAUUGUCUUGCAGUCAACUUUGUUAUGAACUAGCACUGAUGUUUGGGUUAAGGCAUCAACACCUAAAAAGUCAGCUUCAGGUCACCAAAUCCCUCUGCCAUUUCUACAGCUCAGUGUACCCCAACCCUGAGGCCUGCAUCACCUACCAUGAACAUUGGCUAUCUCUGGCUCAGCAACUCAGAGAUAGAGAGAUGGAGGGGAGGCUGCUGGAAUCCCUUGGGCAGCUCUACCGAAACUUAAACACAGCCAGGUCCCUCAGGAAGUCCCUGACUUGCAUCAAGGAGAGCUUGCGCAUCUUCAUUGAUCUGGGGAAGCAAGAUAAGGUGGCUGAAUCCUGGCUAGGCGCUGGGCGACUCCACUACCUCAUGCAGGAAGAUGAGUUGGUGGAGCUCUACCUGCAGGCUGCUAUCCAGAAGGCACUUACAUCAGACGAGCCCUCUUUGACUCUCAAGCUCUAUGAAGAGGCAGGAGAUGUUUUCUUCAAUGGCCCACGCUUCAGGCACCGUGCAGUAGAAUAUUAUCGAGCUGGUGCUGUUCCCUUAGCAAGGAGAAUGAAGGCGGUGAGAACAGAGCUACGGAUUUUUAACAAACUGACAGAGCUGCAGAUCAGCUUGGAAGGCUAUGAAAAGGCACUGGAGUUUGCCACACUGGCAGCCAGGCUCAGCACAGUGGCAGGUGAUCAGAAACACAAGCUGGUGGCUUUUCACCGGCUUGCUACAGUCUACUAUUCACUGCACAUGUAUGAGAUGGCUGAAGAUUGCUAUCUGAAGACUCUGUCCCUCUGUCCACCCUGUCUACAGAGUCCCAAGGAAGCCCUGUACUAUGUAAAAGUCUACUAUCGCCUGGGCUGCCUCACCUUCUACCAGCUUCAGGAUGCCCACGAUGCCACUGAGUAUUUCCAGAUAGCCCUGGCAGCUGCAGUCCUGUUGGGUGACGAGAAACUGCAGAGCACCAUUCGGAGCAUGCUGGAUGACAUCUGCCAAAGCCCCCUGUGGCACAGCAGCUCUGCAGGACGGUCCUCUGAGAGAGCGCGCUGGCUGAGUGGUGGUGGCCUUGCCCUCUGAGGAGAGGUGUCUGUUAGACAAGUGACCACAGCCAGACAUGCCUUCCAGAUGGAGGUUCCUGCACACAGGAUCGGGGACUGCAUCUCCUUGCUAUCAUCACCUCCUGUCAC